AAGUUGUUAAUUUUUUGUGUUCUGCGGUUCCUCGAUUCGUCAGUCGAUUCUCGGUCGGAUAUUUACGCGUAAUUUUAGAUUUUUUGUCAACAAAUUGUGUUUCCCAAACAAAAAUGCUUUGAUAUCCGGCCACGCCGUCUUUUUAAUUACGUGAUAGUUAUUUAUUGUAGCUUUUAAGUUUCCUUUUGUAUCAAAUACUAGUCAAAUAUGAGUCCAAUGAAAUCUAGAUCUUUGCUUUCAAGACCAACUAUUUAUGGUUUCCUUGUAAUAUUCCUAUGUUUAAAUGAGGUCCUCGCAGCCAAAAACAAUGCAUCGACGAGCCGUACAGACGCCUCAAUACUGCCCCAGACCAACAAAGGAGGGCAUUGCAUAUGGUACGGCCAAUGCAACAAAGUUAGUAGCAAAACUCAGAACUGCCCCUUUGAUGGUCCUGGUAAACCCCUGAACACCACCAACGGAAUCAAAAAUUUGAAUUACUGGUGCCCUUAUUUGGAUCCAAGCAAUGUGUGUUGCGAUGAUGCCCAGUUGGACACGAUGAGCACUAAUAUUAACUUAGCGGCCAACUUUUUGAAAAGAUGUCCAACUUGUCUAGCAAACUUAGUAAAGAACAUUUGCGAAAUGACAUGCUCACCACGCCAAUCAGAAUUUCUACAAGUUAAAAAAACUGAAGUAAAUCCAACAACCAACCAAACGUAUAUCACGGAUAUUGUUUACUACAUCACCCAGGAUUAUAUGGAUCGCACAUUUAAUUCUUGUAGAUAUGUGUCGGUUCCAUCGUUGGGGCAGAAUGUCAUGGACUUGAUGUGCGGAGAAUAUAACUCUCUUACAUGUACCUCUACUAGAUGGUUUGACUUUAUGGGGGACGGCAAACAAUUAUACGUGCCUUUUCAGAUUACUUAUAAUACCAGUCAGAACGUCGGCAAUUAUACUCCUAUGAAUGUGGAAACAGUGCCUUGUAAUAAAGCUUUGAAUGCCGAUAGUCCAGCCUGCAGCUGCGUAGACUGCGAAGCCAGCUGUCCCGUACCACCUCCCUCACCUCCAAAACCCCAACCUUUUAAUAUCGCUGGGUUCGACGGUAUGAAUUUUCUCAUGGUGGUCAUUUUCUUUUUAGGCAGUUUAAUGUUUCUGUUGGCCGUGUUGGUUUGCCCUUUAGGAAGAAAUUUAGGUGUCAGAUUGGUAAACGAAACGGAAUGCGUGAUGCCUGAUGUUGAGUUGGAGGUCAAUAAUUAUAUGGAUAACAUCACUGAUGAAGUUGGUGGUGUUCUGGGUGGUCGUCGCCGAUUCGAGGUGGUCGGUUCGGAGGAGAUGCGCGCCGCUGUCGGCAGGAGGCUCGCCUCCGAAGAGUAUCACUCCUCACAGGUGGCCCUGGGUGAAGGAAGCGUCGCGGAGGAUAGCCCGUUACAACAGGGCAGCCACAGAUCCAGUGUGACAUCAGAAAUAGGUCAUGAAAUGGAUACCCACUCUAUUAAUAAAGUUCCUGGGGAAUACGAAGCUUCAUCGUCAUUUAUUGAAAGGUUGGGAGCCAAUACAGAUACAUAUAUUCAAAUGUUUUUCGAGAAAUGGGGCACAUUCUGUGCUGAACGACCAUGGCUUAUACUGUUUUUGGGAUCUCUACUUAUUGUUGUUUUAGGACAUGGAAUAAAGUACUUAAAGAUCACUACAGACCCAGUCGAACUCUGGGCUUCGCCGUUAUCACGCAGUCGUGUUGAAAAAGAAUACUACGACUCUCAUUUCAACCCUUUUUACCGAAACGAACAAGUGAUCAUAAGGGCCAGGAAUCUCUCAGAUAUUAUUCACGUCACCAAAGCAGGAAAUGUCACUUAUGGUCCAGCUUUCCAUGCGCCGUUUCUUAAAGAAGUACUUAAGCUACAGCAACAGAUCAUGCAAAUCGGAAAUGGCACAGAAUAUUCCUUUGAUAAAGUUUGCUUUGCUCCCUUGAGGAGUGAAGAUGACACUGUUGAUCCUCUGGAUAGGUGCGUCGUGCAAAGUAUAUGGGGAUUCUAUCAGAACAGUUUGGAUAAUUUUGAUGAGGUUAAUGAUGAAUAUUUGGAUCGGUUUUCGAGGUGUGCUAGUAACCCUCUAAACCCCAAUGAAUGCCUCGCCCCCUACGGCGGCCCAAUCGAAUCAGCCAUUGCUCUUGGUGGAUUCCUCGAACCGGGUCAAACACUUGCCGAUAAUCCCAAGUAUGAACGGGCUACCGCAUUAAUUCUCACUUUCUUGGUAAACAAUUACCACAACAAAUCGGAAAUAGCUCCGGCAAUGGAAUGGGAAAAGCAUUUCGUUGAAUUUAUGCAAAAUUAUACCCAAUCAAAUAAUACGCCGAAGUUUAUGGAUAUCGCAUUCACCAGUGAGAGGUCGAUCGAAGAUGAAUUGGACAGGGAGUCUCAAGGAGAUAUUUUAACCAUUUUGAUCUCUUAUUUGAUUAUGUUCGCUUAUAUUGCUGUGUCACUUGGGCAGAUAAACUCCUGCUCUAGACUUUUAAUUGACAGCAAAGUAACUUUGGGUCUUGGAGGCGUCACAAUCGUAUUAGCUUCCGUUAUUUCGUCUGUUGGGCUAUUUGGCUUUUUGGGAACCCCGGCUACUUUAAUCAUUAUUGAAGUCAUACCAUUUUUGGUCUUGGCUGUUGGGGUGGACAACAUCUUUAUUUUAGUUCAAACCCACCAAAGGGAUGUAAAGAAACCAGGAGAAACACACGCUCAACAUAUAGGUCGUACUUUGGGUCAAGUGGGUCCAAGUAUGUUACUGACAAGUGUCUCGGAAAGUUGCUGCUUCUUCUUGGGUAGUUUAUCGGACAUGCCUGCGGUUAGAGCGUUCGCUUUGUAUGCAGGAAUGGCGUUGUUGUUUGAUUUUUUGCUGCAGAUAACCUGUUUCGUCAGUUUGUUGAGUUUGGAUACAAUUCGACAGACUUCCAAUAGAUUUGACAUUUUCUGUUGUCUCCGAGGCUCCAAGAAAAGUGAACCCGACGCACUCACCGGUCAAGAAGGUCUACUCUACACUUUCUUCAAAUCCAUCUACGUACCUCUUAUCAUGAACAAAUUUAUCAGAUGUAUAGUUAUGAUAGUCUUUUUCGGCUGGUUGUGCAGUUCAGUGGCCGUAGUACCAAAAAUCGAAAUCGGUUUGGAUCAGGAACUCUCCAUGCCCGAAGACUCUUUUGUUCUAAAAUAUUUUAAAUUCCUGAAGGAUUAUUUGAAUAUAGGACCUCCUAUGUAUUUUGUCGUCAAAGACGGAUUGAAUUACUCUGAUUUCAAUGACCAAAAUAAGAUUUGCGGUGGACAGUAUUGUCAUACAGACUCGUUAAUUAUGCAAGUGUAUAUGGCCAGUCGAGACUCGAAGAACACUUACAUUGCUAAACCCAGCAGUAGUUGGUUGGAUGACUACUUCGAUUGGUCAGCCAUUGGCGAUUGUUGCCUUUAUAACGAAAAGAAUGGCGAGUUUUGUCAGCAUAGCUCAGAUGACCCCGACUGCGUUUCCUGCGACAUUCAAGUAAACCCCAAAACAAAACGUCCAAACUCGACAGACUUUGAACAUUAUGUGUCAUUCUUCUUACGCGACAACCCGGAUGACACCUGUCCCAAAGCUGGUCAUGCUUCUUAUGGAGCGGGUGUGAAUUAUUUUAUGAACCAAAGCACUCAUUUAUCUAAAGUUGGAGCUAGCUACUUCAUGUCUUAUCACACGAUUUUAAAGACCUCUGCUGAUUAUUAUGAGGCAAUGAGGGGAGCUAGAGUUGUGGCUGCCAAUUUGACCAAAACGCUUGGUGUAGAAGUAUUUCCCUACUCGGUAUUCUACGUCUUUUAUGAACAAUAUUUAACAAUGUGGCCGGAUACUUUGCAGAGCUUAGGAAUAUCGCUGCUAGCCAUUUUCCUAGCCACAUUUUUACUCAUGGGCCUUGAUUUAUUUUCCAGUAUUGUUGUGUUGAUUACUAUUGCUAUGAUUCUGGUAAACUUGGGUGGUCUUAUGUAUUGGUGGCAUAUAACCCUAAAUGCGGUAUCGUUAGUGAACUUAGUAAUGGCCGUGGGUAUCUCAGUAGAGUUCUGCUCUCACUUGGUGCACAGUUUUUCAGUUUCUCUGAAACCUACCCGAGUAGAGAGGGCUGCCGAUGCGUUAACCAAAAUGGGUAGUUCCAUAUUCUCUGGAAUUACACUGACCAAGUUUGGAGGAAUUAUAGUAUUAUACUUUGCGAAAUCACAGAUUUUCAAAGUAUUUUACUUCAGGAUGUAUUUGGGUAUUGUGUUGUUCGGAGCUGCACACGGUUUGGUGUUUUUACCUGUAUUGCUAAGUUUUAUUGGCUUGAUGACGCGUAAGGGGGAGAGAAUUAAAACGCAGGGGCAGCGCACCCUGUGCACUCUGGAGGGACCAAGCGAACCAACUGUCACUUCGCCCCUCCUACAGCCGUUAUCUACGUCCGCUCAACGGAAGGGUUACCACACUCUGAGGCAAGUCGAUGCCGACGACUCUAGCGACUGAAAUUUUGAUUUAUUCUUGUUUCACUAAAAUAUUACAAUUAAAGUUUAUAAGAUGGUUUUGGAUCUAAUGUAAUUUGUAAACUAUUCGCCCUUCAUUCAAGCCUUCAUAAAUUCUGAAGUCAGUGUCCUUGACUUGCCUCGAGAAAAUCAUGUGAUAUUUAAACAAAUAAUAUACUGUAAUAUAAGAGUGAAAAUUAGGCGGUGACUAAACCAUCAUAUUCUUCUUUUUCUCUCCAGGAAGUGAGUGCAAAUGGGAAUUUUUAGAGUAAGCGUCACGUUUGUAGCUUAAGUUAAUUUUGGUGCUUAAAAUAUUGUUCACUAUGUUCUAUUAAGCGAUAAAAGAUCUUAUUUUUUUAUGUUACUCUCAAAAGUAAAUAAUGUUUUUUUUGCAUUUAAGACCGAAAAGAUUUAUUACUAAUAACAAUACUUGCGAAGAAAUAUUUUGUAUUGCUUGAAGGUGGCUAGGAGGUAGAGCUUAAGUAGUUAAUGCGCACAAUGGUAUUUUUUUCUGUUUUUAACAGGGUGUUUGUAUAACUAUCAUAACAAUUUUUAAAUGGUAUUAUUUUUGGAUUUCGAUGUAGCGUCCACAUUCCACAGAGAGAAUUUGUAUAUUUAUAUCUAUUUUUUGUAUAAUAUUUAGUUCUUUAUUAACUAUAAUUUUAAUAAAAUAAGGAAUAUGAAAUUCUGUACAGAUCUUCUGAAAUGUAUGUAGGUAAUACAUUUGUGUAUUUUGUAAUAA